UCAUCCCACACUUCACUCACUACCCUUCUUUCAGAGUGUCGAAAAGUUACCACCUCGAUUUCUUCACUCUCCCAUUUUCUAUCCCCUACAAUGGCGUCCAUCGCCGCUCCUGGUCUCGCAGCUAUUUCCGUUAACCGUUCUCACCGCACAAGUACCACCACUACUGCUCCCCGUACAAUCAAAUCCAAACUCCCUACAUUUUCCUCUUCCCAAAACCCUAAACCCCGCGAUAAAAUUACCAUUUUGUCCUCAAAACAUCUCCGCAAUGUCAUCAAAACCACAACCGCCGUUACUGUCGGCCUCUACGCGCUCUCCGCCGGCGUGUGUAACACUCUCCUCACCGGCUCCGGCGGUGGCAACGGCGGGGGAAUUGGUGGUUCCGGCGGCGGCGGUGACGGCGGCGGAGAUGACUUCUGGUCGAGGAUUUUCUCACCGGCAGCUAUUGCCGGGGAAGAUGAAUCACCUGAAUGGGAUUCACAUGGUUUACCGGCGAAUAUUGUUGUACAAUUAAACAAACUAAGUGGAUUUAAGAAGUACAAAGUUUCCGAUAUCCUUUUCUUUGACCGGCGUCGUAAGUCAACGGUUGGAACUGAAGAUUCCUUCUUUGAAAUGUUGUCUUUAAGGCCAGGUGGAGUUUACACCAAAGCACAGCUUACAAAAGAGUUGGAAACCCUAGCAACAAGUGGAAUGUUCGAAAAGGUUGAUCUUGAUGCGAAAACUAACCCUGAUGGGACAGUUAGUGUUACUAUAUCGUUUUUGGAAAGUACAUGGCAAUCAGCUGAUAAGUUUAGGUGUAUUAAUGUGGGGUUAAUGCCACAAUCGAAACCCAUAGAAAUGGAUGCAGAUAUGACGGAAAAGGAGAAACUUGAGUAUUUUAGGAGCCAAGAAAAGGAUUAUAGGAGAAGGAUUGAAAGGUCUAGGCCGUGUUUGUUGCCUGUAUCGGUGCAAAGGGAGAUUUUGGCGAUGUUGAAGGAACAUGGGGCGGUUAGUGCUAGGUUGUUGCAGAAGAUUAGGGAUAAAGUGCAGCAAUGGUAUCAUGAUAACGGGUACGCGUGUGCUCAAGUAGUGAAUUUUGGGAAUUUGAAUACUAAGGAAGUGGUUUGUGAAGUGGUGGAAGGGGAUAUUACUCAAAUGGUUAUUCAGUUUCAGGAUAAGUUGGGCAAUGUUUGUGAAGGUAACACUCAGUAUCCGGUUGUUCGCAGAGAAAUGCCUAGGCAGCUUCGUCAAGGGCAAGUUUUCAACAUUGAAGCUGGAAAACAAGCCUUGAGAAAUAUAAACUCUCUAGCUCUGUUCUCGAAUAUUGAAGUCAACCCUCGCCCCGAUGAAAAGAAUGAGGGAGGGAUAAUUGUUGAAAUUAAGCUCAAGGAAUUGGAACAGAAGUCAGCUGAAGUCAGUACUGAAUGGAGCAUUGUCCCAGGACGUGGAGGUCGCCCCACAUUGGCUUCAAUUCAACCUGGUGGAACUGUUUCCUUUGAGCAUCGGAAUCUUUACGGGCUCAAUCGCUCAGUUCUUGGUUCAGUUACUACCAGUAACUUCCUCAAUCCUCAGGAUGAUCUUGCAUUUAAGUUGGAGUAUGUUCAUCCUUAUUUAGACGGUGUUUAUAAUCCUCGAAACCGCACACUCCGUACUAGCUGCUUCAACAGCAGAAAGUUGAGUCCUGUCUUUACUGGGGGGCCUGGAGUAGAUGAAGUCCCCCCUAUAUGGGUUGAUCGCGCUGGUGUUAAAGCCAACAUUACUGAGAAUUUCACUCGUCAGAGUAAAUUCACUUAUGGACUUGUGAUGGAAGAAAUAACAACACGUGAUGAAAGCAGCCACAUUUCUUCUCGUGGACAGAGGGUAUUACCAAGUGGUGGAAUUAGUGCAGAUGGACCUCCCACUACGCUUAGUGAAACUGGCAUUGACCGUAUGGCAUUUUUACAAGCUAACAUCACACGCGAUAACACCAAGUUCAUAAAUGGGACAAUAGUUGGUGAGAGGAAUGUUUUCCAGGUCGAUCAAGGACUUGGAGUUGGCAGUAAGUUCCCCUUCUUUAACCGCCACCAGCUGACAAUGACACGAUUUGUCCAGUUAAAGGAAGUAGAAGAAGGUGCUGGUAAGGCUCCACCACCUGUGCUAGUCCUCCAUGGCCACUACGGUGGAUGUGUCGGAGAUCUUCCCAGUUAUGAUGCUUUCACACUUGGGGGACCUUAUUCAGUUAGGGGCUACAAUAUGGGAGAGAUAGGUGCAGCUAGAAAUAUUGUUGAGUUGGCUGCCGAGCUGCGGAUACCUGUUAGAAACACCCAUGUUUAUGCAUUUGCAGAACAUGGAAAUGAUCUCGGGAGUUCAAAAGAUGUCAAAGGAAACCCAACAGAGGUCUAUAGGAGGAUGGGUCAUGGCUCCUCAUAUGGUGUUGGUGUGAAACUAGGUUUAAUACGAGCAGAAUAUGCUGUUGACCACAAUUCUGGUACUGGGGCAAUAUUCUUCCGUUUUGGAGAGAGAUUCUAGGUUCAGAUUUCAUCGUCGGAUUCUUUUUUGCAGCUAGUCAGAUCUAUAUAGUUUAUUUAGUCAAGAAUUGCAUGCUUCUGAGUUUGGCAUUCAGUAAACUCUAAACGUUGUUUGGUAAAAGAUCGGCUAUGAUUAUGGUUAGAACAUUUGAGUGAGUAUUCUCUAGCUUUUAUUAUGAUCGUGUAACCAAACAAAUGUAUAAUAUAGAAAUUUGUGCA